GGGGGGGGGGGCAAAAAAAAAGGGGGGGUCACCCGUGUCCCCGCCCUGAACGGAUCGCAGCGAUCGCGGCGGCUCCGCUCGGAGCUGUCAGGUCUCGGUCCCCCGAGGGUCUGUGCCCCCCCCAUGGCGGGGGGGUAUUUCCAGCACGGGGGGGUCUCUUUCCCGGCAAUCCUUUACUCCCCCCGUUCGCUCGAAGCCGCCCGAGAGUUCCCGGUGGAGGACGACGAUGUCUUUAACGUCACUUAUCAGAAAUCCGGGACUGUGUGGAUGCUGGAGAUCCUGAGCCUGAUCCGGAGCGAUGGGGACCCUCACUGGUGCCGCUCGGUGCCCAACUGGGAUCGGGGGCCGUGGCUGGAGACGGUGCUGGGGCUGCGGCGGGCGAAGGCGAACCCCCGCCCGCGGCUCAUCAGCUCCCACCUCCCCAUCCAGCUCUUCCCCAAAGCCUUCUUCAGCUCCAAGGCCAAGGUGAUCUACACUGUGCGGAACCCUAAGGACGUCCUCGUUUCCCUCUUCCACUUCUCCCGCAUUUUCCGCCCCUAUAAAGACCCGGGAACCCUCGAGCAGUUCCUGCACAAAUUCCUGCAGGGCGACGUGCCGUUCGGGUCGUGGUUCGAGCACGUCCGGGGGUGGUUGGGGCUCCGCGGGGCGCACAACUUCCUGUGCAUCAGCUACGAGGAACUGCAGCAGGACCUGCGUGGCUGCGUGGAGCGUCUCUGCGGGUUCCUGGGCCGGGAGCUGAGCGCGGCGGCGCUGGACGCGGUGGUGGCCAACGCCUCCUUCGCCGCCAUGAGCCGCAACCGCAUGAGCAACUUCAGCCUCUCGCCCCUCUUCAUCCUCGACCUGCGCAGAGGGCCCUUCCUGCGCAAGGGGAUCUCCGGGGAUUGGAAGAACCACCUCACACCGGAGCAAAGCGCCCGCUUCGACCGCGUCUACCGGGAGCGCAUGGCCGGGCUGGGGGUCACCUUCCCCUGGGACCCCCCCCCGGACCCCCCCGAGGGGGAAACAACCCUUGGGACCCCCCCUGAGGAGGAAGAGGAGGAGGAGACCCCCCCGAGACCUCAGGAACCCCCCCAACCCUGACCCCCCCCUCCUCCUGAGC